AUGGAUAGAAUUUAUGAAGAAAAUAACGAUGUAUCAGCUAUAUUUUUCGAUUUAGAUAAUACUUUAAUACAAACUAGAAAGGGAGACAGCAAAGCUUGCAAUAAGUGUUCGCUUAAAAUGGGAGACAUAUCUGAGCCAAUAAAAAAAUGCAUACUCAUACUUAAAUCAGCAAAGACUGAUACGGAGAAGUUUGCAGCUUUGUUUAUGGUGACGAAACUAGUGAAAAGCAAAGAUUGCAAUUCUACAGCGAAGAAAGCUUUGUUUGAAGCAAUAGGUUUCAAAUUCUUAAAGAAGUUGUUAACUGGAACCAAUGUGCAAGAUGAUUGUCCGCCGUCUGUUUAUAAAUCCGUCGCAUUGUCUAUUCUUACAAAUUUCUGUAAUGAACCUGAGCUUUCUUCACAUCCUGAAAUGCUUGCAAAUAUACCAGUUUUUCUAGAUAUAGUACAAACAUCAGACAAUGAAGAUUAUGAUGAUAACCUCAUUAUAAUAAGUGAAGCUUACACAUGCUUACAAUGCAUUGCAGAACAUGAAGCUGGUCAAAAGGCUCUUAUAGAAGUUGGUGCCAUUACUAAAAUGUCUGAAAUUUAUUCUCACCAAAGUUUUCAAACUGAUGAAGCUCUUAAUAUUCUCGUCAAGUUAGUAAGUCGCUAUGGACCUGCUGCGUGGGGUAAUGAUCCUAAACCCUUCCAUGCUUUAGUCAAUAAAAUCGCUCUGGACUUUGCAACUGACCAAUCUGAAAGAAAAUUUGAACUAGCUACCAUACUCAGUGCUCUAUUAUAUAGUUGUAACAAGGCAACGGUUGUACCAGGUUUUGCCGAUGAAACCUGGCCUUUGAGUAUAUACAAAGCCCUGUAUGAUAUUUUAACAAGUAAAAUUGGUAAAAAUCAAAGAGACCCAGCUUUGAAAUUAGCAGCUAACAUUAUUGAUUUACUUGGAGUUGAAUGGACAUUCAAUGAUGAAGAAAAUCCAAAGAAAUUCUUCCUAUUACUAUUGCAAUUGUGUGCUAUUGAAGUAAGGAUGCAGUUGGAAGAUAGAAGCUUUAAACAAGCAUUUGCAAACGCUGAACUCGUUACAGCUUGUUUCAUUGUGUUGGAAUCUUCAAUUAACUAUAUGGGCACAGAUCAAUUAGAUUUAGAACAAAAAGAGAAACAAUCAGUGUACACCAGUCUCAAGGGAGCUUUUAAUGCUGUUGUAUCAAUAUUAACUAAAGUCUCAAAUGACAAAAACAAAGAUAAGCUUCCCGAUGCUGAGAAAGUUUUCAUCUGCGCUAUGGUAAGAGUGUUAGUUGCAUGGAUUGCUCAAGAAACCACUGCAAUGAGAGAACAGGUUUAUGCACUAUUACCAUAUAUUUUUACCCUUGCAAAUGAUUCCUUCCAUGCUCAUCGAUCCAGAAAAAUGGCUGAAAAGACUAAAACUGAAGGGGAGCCUAUGGAUAUGGAUGUAUCUUUAUUGGGUCAAAUUGAUUUACUGCGCUUAAUGUUACCUGCUUUGUGCCAUCUUGUUGUUGAAGACAAAGCUAGAGAUAUUGUACUUAACCUCAAAGAGGAAGAUAUUCUAUAUGAAGCUAUGAAUUUCCAUUGGUCAAUUGUUCAUUAUAAGAAACCACCCAUCCCAAAGUCAGAAAGAGGAAAAGCAAGGACACAACCAGAACCUGAAUUAGAUCCAAAAGUUUUGGAAGACAUGAAGGAUUCAAGAGCUGCAAUGGUCAGCCUUUGCAAUAUUUUUAUGAACUUGACAGUUUUGGCUCCUAAAGUAGUUGAAAACAGUAUGCUAUUUAACACUUUACUUAAAUUUAUUUUUAACAAUUUGCCAGAAUUAAAAAAUAUACCAGACAACCUUGUACUUCAUGGCCAUCUAGCUGUGCUAGGUUUGCUUUUGUUAAAACAACAGGCCAGCAAAGUGAAAAAGAAUGACUUUUCAAUAUGCAGAUACAUACAAUCAACAAUCCGAUUCCUCUGGGAUGCAUACAAUGUGGAUGAGUCCAAUGAUCCCAAUGAACUUGUUGUGUCAAUGACCUAUAAGGAACAUUGGAACGAGAUAGCUGAUUUGUGGUUCUUGGGUAUGCAAACUUUAAGUGGAGUCUUGCAAACCAUCCCUUGGAUCUCUGAGUUUGCUAUAGAGAGUGGAUGGGCUCAAGGAAUAGCUGAAAUGCUUGUAAAAGUCAAAGUUGGUACUUUACCCCCCAAUGUUAAGUCAGCAUUUGAAGAUUUCCUUUGCAGACUUGUUGACUCAAAUGAAGGUGCUAUUCCUGUCUUGAAAAAGGGUGGUGCAUUGAAAAUGUGCAGAAAUCAUAGAUUAAUGGAUUUGGGCAAAAAACUCUUUGGAGAUUAA